AUGUACAGGAAUGUAGAGGUCCAAAUUGGUCAAAUUGCUAGUUCUUUGAAUAAUCGAAAUCAAGGAGAAUUACCUAGCAAAACAGAGGUCAAUCCUAAGGAGCAUGUCAAAGCCAUUACUCUUCAUAGUGGUAAGCAAUUAGAAGAUCCUCUUGUGAUGGAAGUUGAGAAAGAUAAGAAUGAAAAACAAGAAGAAAAGCAGAGGAACCAAGAGGCGAUAGUAGAAGAAAAUAGCCGGGAGAAAUCAAGAGAAAAUCAACCAUCAUCUUCCGCUACCAUUCCAAUACCUCCUGCGGUUCCAUUUCCACAAAGAUUAAAGCAAAAUAAGUUUGAUAAAGAUUUUGAAAAAUUUGUUAAACUUUUCAAACAAUUGCACAUUAACAUUCCUUUUGCCGAUGCUAUUUUGCAGAUUCCGUCUUAUGCGAAAUUUCUCAAGGAAAUCAUGACUAGAAAAAGAAAGUUGGAAGACUGCGAAACAAUAGCAUUAACGGAGGAAUGUAGUGCAAUUAUUCAAAAUAAGCUACCACCGAAGUUGAAGGAUCCGGGGAGUUUUUCUAUACCUUGCACCAUAGGUAACGUUGAUUUUUCUAAGGCAUUGUGUGAUCUUGGUGCUAGUGUAUCAUUAAUACCUUUAACGGUGGCUAGACAAUUGGGUUUGCAUGAGCUUAAACGCACUAAUAUUACUUUGCAACUAGCGGAUCGGUCUAUUAGAUAUCCAUUGGGAGUGUUGGAGAAUGUAUUGAUAAAAGUUCAAAAAUUUAUCAUUCCAGUGGAUUUUGUGGUAUUAGAUAUGGAAGAAGAUAUAUCUAUGCCAAUUAUUCUAGGUAGACCAUUUCUAGCUACUGCAGGUACUAUUAUUGAUGUCAAAAAUGGCAAACUUAAGUUUCAAGUAGGCGAAGAAGUGGUAGAAUUUAAUUUGAAUGAAAUGAAAAAAUAC